AACUCUCUAUUUCUUUCAAUUAAAAAGCAAACUAAUUUAAAUAUUUUAUCCCCGUGAUGAUGUUAUUGAUUGGCUUAUAAAAACCACCACAAGCCCAAAUUUCAAAGCGUCUCUUUUGCAAGAAAAGAAAGAAUGUUUGGCAUGUCAUAUGCAUGUAGAGACGAAGACUGGUCGUUGAGUUCAGACAAGAAGAAUCCGUUCUCAUCAAAUUCUAAUUGUAUCUUUAAAAACGCAAUCUUUCUUCAGGAAAUCAGGAGGACAGCCUGAUCCGGAUAGCCAUGGAAGACCACCAACCAAAGCAAGGCAGCCCACGAGUUCUCCAGGUCCUGGAAGCUCUAAAACAAGCCUCCCAUGAGCUCCAAACCCACCCGAGUCCAGACUCGGCCGAGUCAAACUCGUCCGCCAUUAAUGCUCUGCUCGAGCUCGAGACCGAGUCUGACAACAUCCUCUCCAAAGACCCACAUCUCUCUACGCUCUCCCAACACCUCGCAACCCUCAAGAACCUCGUCGAGACCCUCAAGAAAUCCAAAGGCCACCACAGCAUCAGGUCGUUUUUAACUCGCUGCUGCUCGACUCACUGCCUGUCCCGGCUGGCCGGGUCGAUCGAGUCAGAAAUCCAAGCGUGGAUCGACCGCGAGAGCUUAGAGAGCUUGACGAGAGCUCUGAAAGAGCCACUUCACAAUGAAGACGAGUUGGUUAAGCUCCUGAACCAGUUCGAGGACCGAGUUUUGCAGGGUUUCAAUCGCGAGUUGCAAGAUUUGAUUUUGAAGUCCAAAGUUUUCACUCUGCUCGAGUCUGUUCUCUGCGAUUCUCACUAUUCCAAACGAGUUAGAGAACACUCGGCUUUCGCCAUAGCAGCUCUGAUUAAGUUCAACAAGGACGUGUUUGUGGGUCAAGUGCUAAUGGGUCGAACGAUCAAAGCUUUACUAACAAUGGCUUCCCCGAAUGCGAUCAGAGUGCUAUGUACCCUGAUCAGAUUGAUAAAGUCUCCGCUUGUUGACGAGAUUGAGUUCAAUGGGGAAAUACCCAAGAUCAUAAGCUUCUUGAACCGUGAAGACCUGGAAAUGAGAGUGAUGGCCAUGGUCUGUAUUCUUGAAAUUGGGUAUUUUGGGCGCAAGGAGGCCAUUGAUGCUAUGCUUGAGGAGGGGGUGAUAAAGAAACUUGUGGAAUUGCAGAGAUCAGAGCUUGGAGGGGAUUUGACGGAAAUGGGUUUGGAUGAGGAUGACAAGGGAAACAGAGAGGUUGCUGGUGGUGGUCGUGGUGGUGGGAUUGAGGAGAAGAAGACAAGAAGAGAGAACCACCCGUUUUCUAGCUGUGUGGCGAGAUUUGCUGUGCAAUUGGAGGUGGGUGAAGGGCUGAGACAGAGAGAGAGGAGGGCAUUUAAGCAGCAGAUACUAAUGAGAGUUAGAGAAGCGUCUAUUUCUGAUGCUGAGGCAGCCACCAUUAUUGCUGAGGUUUUGUGGGGGUCUUCGCCUUAAGGUGAAGAAAUUGUUAUAACUUAUAAACUUGGAAUGUAAUUCAAAAGGAAGAACAAGAGUACAAAGAAAUUCAAUUUGUUGGUAUGUUAGAGUUAAGUAAAUCUUAUAUUAUUAUUUGUUAUUGUUUCAAGUUUGGGAUGAAGAUGGUAAGCAAGCACAAUUUGCUUGUUAAGUUUCUCUGAGA